CCCCACUCCCCCCUUGGCUUGCCUUGCGUUGCCUUGGUGCUCACCGCCAACCCGGAACAGCGCCAGCGCAACGCACCACCGGGAGAGAAAUGGAGCCGCCGCGCCUUCCCUUCCUCCCCGCCGCCUUCUCCUUGCCCGUCCCUGCGCCGCGCGUGUAGCGGCAGCCACGCUUCCCCUCCCUCACUGCGCGGCUUCUCCUCCCUGACUCCCUCCCUUCUUUACCAGGUGCGGCAAUCCCCUCUUCUUCUUCUCCUCCUCCUCGCCUGCCUCCUGUGCUCUGACCUACCCAACCUCCAAUCCUCCCAAGCCGCCGCCGCCGCCUCAAACCUCUUACGCGCGUUGCUGAUCCCGUUCUAUCACAUCGUGCUCGUGCUCGUGCCCCCCUGCUUUCUCCACCCCGUCCGCAAGGGCAUUGGUUUUCGAGGUGUCUCAAGCCGCAAGGAUGGCGAUGACGGCCUACAAGUAUCAUGCUCAGGCGAUGAUGAGGGACUACUUGCUAGCUGAUCCACUCGUUCCGUACACCUCGGUGCUCAUUGGAGUUUUCUUGUGCAAGAUGGCUUAUGAUCUCACACGGAUAUUAAGCUCAUUUUACUUCAAGGGCUAUUCUUCGUUGACAAAGAUACAGCGUGUUGAAUGGAACAACAGGGGUAUGUCCAGUGCACAUGCGAUCUUUAUUGCAGCUAUAUCAUUAUAUCUUGUUGUGUCAACAGAUCUUUUCUCUGAUCGCCUUAAGGGGCCUAUUACAUACCGUAAUUCUGUCGUCUCCACUUCUGCAUUAGGGGUCUCUGUGGGUUACUUCAUCACCGAUCUUGCAAUGAUCUUCUGGUUGUAUCCUUCCCUUGGUGGAAUGGAAUAUGUCCUCCACCAUACUCUUUCUCUAGUUGCAAUAGCUUACACAAUGCUGUCAGGGGAGGGACAGUUUUACACAUACAUGAUUCUUAUUUCAGAAACAACCACCCCUGAAAUCAACAUGAGAUGGUUCCUUGACACUGCUGGACUGAAAAAGUCAAGCGCCUACCUGGUUAAUGGCAUUAUGAUAUUUGUUGUAUGGCUGGUGGCAAGGAUAUUUUUGUUUGUGUACGUGUUUUACCACAUCUAUUUGCACUACAGUCAGAUAACGCAGAUGCAUGCAUUCGGAUACUACUUGACAUUGACUGUGCCAUCUGUGCUCUUCAUCAUGAACGCAAUGUGGUUUAUGAAGAUAUUGAAAGGGGUGAAGAAAACACUGGCAAAAUGGUCAUGAUCAGUUGGGGGCUUCAGACCAGAACUAUCCACCUUGGUGUUCCGCUGGUGCUGCGUGAGCUCUCGAUGUGUAAAGUUAAGAAUAUAAGCAUAACUAGGGAAAGUGAAUAUGUAAAAUACUAGUAGUAAACAAGUUAGAUUAUUAGGUAAAAUUGUGCUAUUUUUCAGUGAGCUGGAAUUUCCUAGCCACUUUGGCAUGUACUGUAGUUCCAGCAUGCUGUUCCGUACUUCAUUUUCCCAUCCUUAAGUCUUGUGUAUACCAGUAAAAAUUCCAGUGCAUCUCUUAUCCACAGUAAGACUUCCGAUGCUAAUUCGAAAAUCUGAUUUGUGACAAUACCUUAGCAGUUCUUUA